GCAAUUGGCGGGGGCAGUUGAUCCGCUCGUUGACUUCGCUGAAGUUUCUCAUGUCUGCUCCAGGAAAUUGGCGGCGAGGACUUCCCCUGCAUCAGCAUGGAGUGUCGAGUCCACUCGAACUCAUCCAACCCCUCCCAGCUAA